GCCCCAAAUUGACUUCAAUCAAGCCAUCGGCCCGGAAGAUCGCUACAUCAUUUGCAGAAAGCUCGGCUGGGGCAUGUCUUCAAGCACUUGGCUUGCCCGUGACCGCAUUGAAAACUCCUAUGUUGCCAUCAAGAUACUCAACGGCUACACCACCGACCUUGUCCAGCGUGGUCUCGUCUGGGAACAUGCGGCACUCCAGCGUAUUUCGUCCCCGACGUCGAGCCCACAUUGCCUCCAGCUAUUGUCUAGCUUCAAGUUUUCUGGCAAAGGCAGCGCAGGAGAGCACCUCUGUUUCGUAACGCAGGUCUUCGGCGGAGACGUGAAGUCGCUGUUUUUGGCGCAUAGCAAAGACAACAAAGUGUUUCCUCUUUCUCUUGCCAAACGCAUCCUCCUGCAUACGCUUCGCGGCAUUGCCCAUGCUCACAACCGCGGCGUCGUGCACACUGAUCUGAAGCACGAUAACAUUAUCUUUGACUGUCGCAUGUCCACCCGCGACUUUGACGAGCUUCUCGCUUCUGAUCCAUCUCGUCGUCACCUUCCAGAGGCAUCUCAGGACGGAAUUGUGCAGUCGGCUGUCUCACAGCCGCUUCCACUUCCUUCUCUACAAGAAGCCAUGCAACGAACAUUUGCCCUCGCCGACUUUGGUAGUGAUGUUGUCACAGCUCAGCCUACAGAUAAUCAUAGCGUCGAUAAUAUCACAGCUGUCUUCGAACUUGUCACCGGCCGUGGUCUCUUCAAAUACGAGCCGUACCCCAAAUACCACCUCAAUGAGGCUAGUAACCUCCUGUACCAGAUGGUAUGCUAUACAGGCGAAGACUUCAGUGCGGAGCAGCUCACGAUCAGUGCUUGGGCGGCCGAGUUCUUCGAUACCACUUGUAACCUCAAAGAAAACCCAACACUUUAUGAUUACCCGUUCGAGAUAUCGAUUCGGAGUUACAAAGUCGUAGAGGAAGCCAAUGUUCUUUCCACCGCUUGCCUGAUGAGGAGAUGCUUACGCCUGGAUCCUGCAGAGCGCGACCGCUUGACACAUAUAGUAGUACGGCCUACACAUGUUUAUUAUUUGAUGGUGGCUGCGGUAAUUGUUAUGCC